AUGAGAGGUGCUACUCGUCGAGUCUUGAGUAAAUGUGUUUUAUGUUUUAGAUUAAAACCCGCAGUUUCGUCACAAAUGAUGGGCAAUUUACCAGAGGUGCGAGUAACGCCGUCGAGACCAUUCGCUAAUGUAGGAUUAGACUACGCAGGGCCAUUUAAUAUAAAGGUAUCUAGGAACAAAACUGGUAAAGCGUAUCUAUGCGUUUUCGUAUGCAUGGCAGUCAAGGCCGUGCAUCUAGAAUUGGUCUCAGACCUGACAACAAACGCCUUUUUAAAUGCAUUGAAAAGGUUUAUAAGUCGUCGUGGUAAAUGCUUAACGAUAAUGUCUGACAAUGCGAAUAAUUCUAUUAAAUGGAGUUUUAUUCCACCUUAUUCCCCGCACAUGGGGGGAUUAUGGGAGGCAGCAGUUAAAUCUGCCAAAUCUCAUCUUAAAACGGUAAUCAAUGAAACACCGUUGACCGUCGAGGAACUUUAUACCGUAAUUGUGCAAAUUGAAUCUAUCUUGAACUCAAGGCCGUUGUAUCCUUUAUCAGCUGAUAUCAAUAAUUUAAACGUGUUGACUCCUGGUCAUUUUCUUAUUGGAACGGCCUUGAAUUCAAUUUUAGAGGAAGAUGUUCGAGACGUUCCCGUGAAUCGAACGAACAGAUUCCAAUUAUUGAGCAAAAUGCAACAGUCUUUUUGGCAGAGAUGGUCGACCGAAUAUGUGACACAGCUUCAAUCGCGUUUGAAAUGGAAGCAAAAAGAUCGCAGCGAAUAUGUAAGAGUUGGACGAAUGGUUGUGAUUAAGGAUGAUAAUUUGCCACCCUUACGAUGGCAACUUGGGCGAAUAACCGAAAUGCACCCAGGUGCCGAUGGACUGACUAGAAUUGUAAGUGUUCCCAGUGUGCAAAGUUGCAGAACAGUUAUGUAA